AUGAACAAUUCGAGCCUAAUAUUCUAUUCCGAUGAGGAUGUCGACUACCUACUGAAUAACUCAAUGGUUUUCCCCGAUCUGUUCGUCAACCUUUAUUUCAAUAUAAUUGUGAUCUUUAUUCUUUACAACCUCAUAUUUCUCAUCUGCAUUGUCGGGAUUGUGGGGAACGGGAUGGUCAUCUGGCUUCUCGGCUUCUGUAUGAAGAGGAAUCCCUUCACGACCUACGUGCUGAACUUGGCCGCUGCCGAUAUCGGGGUCCUGAUCGUCAGCUCUUUGGGAUAUAUCGUUGUGAUCAGAUUUCUUUUGGGCGGAGGCUCUUCUGCAUUGGGAUUUUACACCUAUGCUUGUGCAUGGGCACUAAUGUACCUCGCGGAUCAGCUUCUCUUGACUGUCAUCAGUGUUGACAGGUGUGUGGCUGUCCUCUUCCCACUUUGGCAUCGAUGCCACCGACCACCACGCCUGUCUGGAAUGGUUUGUGCCUCCGUAUGGGUCCUCUCCAUAAUGAUUAUUGGACUGGACUUCUUUCUUGCCUUUGAAAAUGAAUCUAAUCUGCUUCAACCUACUGUGAAUGUUGCCGUAUGUACCCCAAUCAUGGCUAUCUCCACAAUCAUCUUGUUUGUGAAAAUCUGCACGAAAACUCAGCAGCGGAAGCGAGGAAAGCUUUUACCCGUCAUCUCCCUGGCUCUUUUUUUGUUUCUUCUCUUUGGUUUCCCCGUGAAUUACUGUUAUAUCUUGCUUACUUUUUUUUCCAAACUGAACCUGAUUAUGCUUCUAAUAAUGGUUGCUUUCGUGUGUACCGUUCUAAACUGCAGCAUCAACCCCUUGAUCUAUUUCUUAGUGGGGAGAACAAAAAGGGGCCAAUCCUGGCAGUCCAUGAAAGCUGCCCUCCAGAGGAUCUUUAAAGAAGAGGAAAACUGCAGGGAGCAAGAGGGAUCCCAAUCUGAAACCCAGUUCUGA